GAGGACUUCCGGACGCAGACAUCCGGGCCGGCGGGGAAGCGGAGACGCUGGGCCAAGAGUGAUCAUGACGAAAUUAGCGCAGUGGCUUUGGGGACUGGCGAUCCUGGGCUCCACCUGGGCGGCCCUGACCACGGGAGCCUUGGGCCUGGAGCUGCCCUUGUCCUGCCAGGAAGUCUUGUGGCCACUGCCAGCCUACUUGCUGGUGUCCGCCGGCUGCUAUGCCCUGGGCACUGUAGGCUAUCGUGUGGCCACUUUUCAUGACUGCGAGGAUGCUGCACGCGAGCUGCAGAGCCAGAUACAGGAGGCCCGAGCCGACUUAGCCCGCAUGGGGCUGCGCUUCUGACAGCCUAACCCCAUUCCUGCGCGGACAGCCCUUCCUCCCAUUCCCCAUUAAAGAGCCAGUUUAUUUUCUAA